AUGGAGAGGCAUCGAACUUUCAAGAAUUCCUUCUAUGCAAUAGUAAUAGUCUUCUCAAUGAGUGUUGUUGUAAGCAGCUCCUGCAAGCUCGCUUAUGGUUUCAUCAUUGUGCUCGCAGAUGUGCAGUCGAAAGGAAUCAAUUGUUUAUCGGUGAUGGUAGACCUCGCCAUCUCUUAUUUUUCCGCUCUACUCAUUUUUUUACUGGGCCUGAAUCGCUUUGCCGCUUUUUCCUCAUCCUAUCUCUAUGAACGCCUCAUGAAAAGAAGAGCUCUACAGUGCGUUGUUUUUGGGCUACUCGUGUUUUCUUCAGUAAUCACAGUGCUAAUAUACAAGAUCAGUGGGUUACGCAGAUCUUUCAGCCAGGAUACCAUGGUCGAUUAUGCAGAUGGACGUGUUCUGGUUCAGGCAUCAAACUACAUUUUCUACGCGCUUCCACUCUUCUCAUCUGUGUUCUACCUAUUCGCGUACAGGUCGUUGCGCUCAAAAAGAGAAGACGUCGUCAGCAAUGCCACGAAAUCUCUCCUAGACAAAGUUGAGAGAUGCACGUUGAAUCAAGGAAUAUGGAUCCUUGCCAUAUAUCUUAUGUCGCUGGUCAUUCAUAUUGCCAUGCAGCUUCCUUCGGUAGAUGGCACAAUGCUCAUAGUGCUAUCUUCUUUGGAGACGCUCACCUCCGCAACUCCUCAAGUUGCUCUUCCGAUCACAGUGCUGAUGUGCUCAAAGGAAGCUCGGAAUGUUACAUCGCGUAUCUGUUGGUCAGCAGUGAAGCGUAGCAUGUCGAGUGUGCUAAGCAAGCGCAGAACAAGUUCCGUACCAUCAAGCACUAAAACACUUCCAGUGACACUACAAAUUGACAGUUGA